UCAAUAAGGUUAGAACUACAACGGCUAAUUCACAUUUAAUUAAUAUGUUGCAAGAUUAUGAUACGUGUUACUUUAUUAUCAAUAUUGCACGCGACACUCGUGCGAUGUAGCCUACGUCUUGGUUCGUGUCACGUUACAUUUUAGAAUGUUGAUUUGUUCGUCAAAACAGGAUAUGUGAACGUCCCCUUUUUCUGUAGUUACGUUUUUAAAACUCAGCCGUCCAAGUCGCUCGGAGUCCGUGUAGCCCAUAGUGUCAGACUAGCAGCCCACAAGGGACAAGAAUGCGAGCGGGUGCUGGCGGUGCUCGUCUUCUCAACACAAACAAGUAACCUAGUCUACAGUCGAUCACUUGCACUGUAAACACCGAAAAUCGUUCGGUAGCCCUUAUCAUCCGUGUCCAUAGACAAUCUACUCUCCGGUAUUCCAGAGGUGCCCCAUGGUUUUGUUAAAGCACAUCUCUAUCGCCCUGAGCGCCGCAGUGGCUGCCGUCGGCUCCGCGCUCUUUAUCGCCUUGAAUUAUUUCUACAGAAGGCGAAUAUGGUCACCUGAAGUGGAAUAUAGCAUGAUAAAAGAGGAGGGCGGGGGCGGUGGGAAACGGCAGGUCCUCGUCCUGGGUCUUGACGGGGCUGGGAAGAGCAGCAUGAUGCAGGGCCUCACCCCUAGCGACCAGGCCAAGAGGGGGGGCCACAGGCGGCCCACGCGGGGCUUCAACUUCAUGAGCCUCCGAGCCCCCACCUGCCAGCUCGACUUCCUGGAGAUAGGAGGCGGGGAGGACCUGCGACGCUAUUGGUCGGAGUACCUGCUGAAGACGCACGUCCUGGUUUACGUGGUGGACUCGUCCGACAGGAGCCGUCUCCCAUUGGCCAGGGCAGAGCUGCACCGUCUGCUGAAGGUCGACGCCCAGCUCCCUGUGAUUGUCCUUGGCAACAAACAGGACAAGCCCGAUGCCCUGAGUGUGUCUGAGCUCCACGCGGCCCUGUCUCUUGAGGAGGUGGGGGGCAGGAGGCUGUUCCUCCUGGCUGCCCAGGUGGCCUGCGACAGCCGGGGACGCUUCAGCCAGGGGGGGCCCCACAGCCUCCAGGCCUUCCAGGACCUCCUCCUGCAGCUCAUCUGACAGGAUCAGGUGGGGUGAUGGGGAGGAUGACACGAAGAACAAUGGAGGCAAAGCAGGCGUCGCAUUCUGAGUGUAUCGUCCCUAUUUUGUUUUUGGGUGAAAACCAGUGACAGUGUUUCUGUGCGAGAUUUUUACGGCUUAAUCCAAGCCACACGUCUGUGGAGUUGGAGAAGGGUUUUUACAGAGCUCAGAUUCCCUUCUCUACAGCCAAGACUAGUGUUAAGAUGACCUUGUAGUAGACAAGGACAGGACAAGAGAGGUGUCACAGUCAUGUUCAAUGUCCAGGACUGUGUGUCUUGCUCUGAAUCAUAGAUUUUUUUGUGUGUGGAUAUUCUUUCUCAUCAGCAAUAUAUUUCUUGAUUUUACCCCCAUUAAUCAAAUGGAACAUUUCUAUCUUAAACACAAACUAAUGUACAUAGUAGUUGUUUUGGUACUGUGUUGGUAAGUUAAAUAUUAGCAUGUCACGAUUUUUUUUAAAUCUGCUUUUACUGAAGUCAACAAGCUAUCCCAGAGCACAUCUUUAAGCUUUCUUUGAAGAGCGGACACGUCUACAACAAGAAUGUGGAUUUAUUGCAGUGAAUAAUGUACAGCAGAACCCAACCUCUUUAUUUAAUCAUUAUUAGCUGCGACGAGCAGCUCUAUAGCUCAUAGUCGGUCCACAAAAAAUGGCAUGCGUGUAGGCUACGUGGUUGCAGCUAUUGCGAAUUCGCACUUUUAUUGCUUUUAGCAUGUACGAUCCAUUCCCACCUCAUGGACGAUGUUCAAUCCAAUUUACCCCCCAUACAACUUCGCUCUCACCUUGCCAAGGACUAGCCAGUUCACAUCACUACACGAUGCUAGCCCAACUGUUGCGUAACGACGUCCAAAACAAAUAGUGACAAAUAUAUAGAUACGCAAGCCCGCAACGACCUUGUUAUGAAGAUGUUGGCCAAAGUUCCUCAGCUGACUGAAGGGUAAGUAGUUCUGCUGAGUGGCCGUUGAAGAAAAAACGACACUAAGUUAUUGACCUGGCAUCAGUAAUGACCGUCAUUUGUCUGUUUCGCCAGCACGUUUGAUAACCUUAGACCUCCGCAAUCAGCUCCUUAAUACACAGCUGUUAGUGUUAGUCUACAACCAUAAGUCUCAACAUUGGUCCGUUAGAUAUCUACAAACCAGCCAUCAAUGCAGCACUUUGUUGCUUACCAAAAUGACAUGGUGAAUCAUUGACUUAAAACAAACAGUCACAGUAUAUAAGUAGGUCAUCUGAUAAGCAUAUAGGUUGUUUCCUGACCGGCCUAAAGAACAUGUUGGCAUGUUUUCCCCUCAGGCUGUUAAGGCUUUAUUCUGUUGUGCUGUUCAAACGGAUUUUUGAGAUUGUAAAUGAUGCAGCUUCACUCAUGUCUUAGCUGACACCUUUUGUAUUUUUUAUGUUGCAGUUAUAAAAAUGUUUGAUAUGCAUCAGUGACGUCUGACGUCACACUAUCCAAUAAUAUAAAUAUCUAAACACACUGACGCCAAACUACAAACGCACACUUUCUUCCCGAACAGUCUUUAUGGAUGUUUGACAGUGUUACUGCACCUUCAUUUGUGUAAAAGAACUUUUGAAAACGUUUAACAUUAAAGGUGAUUGUUCUGGAGCAUGUUGGAACAUGAAUGGCCAGGUCUUGUUUUUU